AUCAGACUGCUUUUUGUGUGUGUGGGGUGAGCAUUGUCUUUGUGUGGCGGCGGCUGUUCGCUGGUGUUUGUUGUGCGGGUCAACGCCCCCUAGUGGCGGACAUCAGACGGUGGCGGCCGCUAAGGUUACAAUGUCACCAAAUACACUGGAAGAAUUAGUAGCUUCUGGCUAAAUAUUUACUAUGGUAUAAUAGGCACAUGGGCCCAUACAAAUAAACCCUUUCUACUUAAACCUCACUUUGCACCACAGCACUCGACGCAUUUUCUGCAGGAAAUCUUUUGUAGUUUGGCAUCAUUAUUACAUGCAUUAUUAUUUCGGCACCAGCAUGAAUCUAUGGUAGACUGUGAUCUAUCAUCACAGUCUACCAGAAGGACACGUUGGAUACAUUGAUUAAUGCAAUUACUUUAUGUGUUUAACAAAUGAACCACGAUCCUUUAAACAAUGUGCCUUGCACAAGCAGAGACGUCAUUUCGAAUGGUGGCGGACUUGAACUACAGAGCGGGGCUGUAGAAGACACUUCAGUACACACUAGUGCACAUAGGAACGACGCCUGGAAAUCAGAGCAACUAUGAAUGCGGAACUGAAACCUACGCGAAUAUAGACUUCGCCAAAUAUAAACCGAAACUAAAAUAUGUAGUGGGAAGAUGCAGUAACAAAGCCUGCACUCUACAUAACUUUUAGGGAACAUGGACGAGAUAAGACCGCUGUUGGACAACUCGCCAGCAGAGGGCGCAGAUGUUCCACAUCUGAACCUGAGGCCGAGGCACCAGGAGUUGAUCCCGACACCAUGCGGCCCGAUCAAGCCCUGGGCGGAGCUGAGCCGAGCGGUGCAGCUGUACUUCUGCUUCACGCUGGCCUCCAUGUGCGUGCUGCUGGGCCUCACUCUGGCCAGCUUCUGCGGACAGUACGACGCCCUCCUGGAGCAAGACUUGGGCGUCUCCCUCAUCCAGCUGGUGGGAAUCUUGUUCUGCGUGUACUACGUGGUGCGGGGCGUACUGCAGGAGAACAGACAGGAGCUGUGUGCCUUCCUACUGAGCGUGCUCACUCUGGUCCUCCGCUCAGUGCUCAACUACAGCCUCCUGCCGCACCAGGAGCAGCAGAAGCUAAUGUUGAGGUUUGUGUGCAUACUGUGUGUGGGCGUGGUCCACGUCGUCUGCACCUGCCUCCUCAUCGGCGCGGCUGAUAGGAUGGCCUUUCGCGUGGGCGGGGCCUUGGAGAGCGUCCAAGAGCGGUACUUCCUGCUAAACCUGUGCUUCUCCAUGGUGACCUUUGACCUGCAAGCUCAGCUGUGCUUGUGUAUCUUGAUGAUAUCGGGGAGCGAAGCCACGAACCUCAGGGACAGCAUUCUGAUCGGCUGCGCCUGCAUCUUCUGGUCAUGUCUCACUACUGUAGUCGGCGGUGUUGCUCUUUUGAAAAAAGCCCGAGUCUUGGUUUUGGUAUUCCUCCUCCUGAACAUUCCAGAAGUGGUGUUUUUCAUCUAUCUCAUGUUCACGGUCAUCAGCAGGUGGCCGGCAGACAGCGCCGGCCCCCACACGCUGGUGGGGGCCCUGCUCUCCGUGGGGAUCAAGAUGGCGCUCCUGGGGGCACUCGGCCGUCUGGACAAGCACUUCCGUCAGGGCCUGUGGGGCGCGGAGCCUAUAGCUGCCGGCUGAAGCAUUAGUUACAAAUAUACAUAUUUUUUCCAUCAUUUUCCUAUUAAGUACAUAUCUAUAUAUAUACACCUGUAUCGAUAUAUCUCUAUAUAUAUAUAUAUAUAUUUGAUAUACAUGUGCACUUUUGUGGCUAAUAUUUUGCCUAACGUUUUUCUUCCCCGGACUUCAGCCUACUGAAGUUUCCGAGGUUCAAGGAGAUGGUCGCUAGAUAGCCCCGGUGUUUAAACCAACCAACCUGUACUAUGUCCGGUCACUGCCCUGCGCCGUCCACUACGCACUCAGACAAGCCGCUCGGUGCUCUCCGGUUUGCCUCGUGCGUCGGCUGUUACUACUGACGACUGUCAUCCAAAGCCAUGUACAGAGCACUUUUAGAACUGGGGAUACAGGUCAUCCAUGAGCAGGUGGCUAAAGCAUCUUACUAAAAAGGACAUUGGGAUUAAAAUUCAGUUCCUUUAAUGUACAGUAUUAAUUGACCGUGUCCUUUGUAACCCGUUAACUGACCGUCACCAUGGAAACCUGUUUACUGACCGUCUCCAUGGAAACCUGUUAACUGACCGUCUCCAUUGUAACCUGUUAACUGACCAUCACUAUGAAUAACCUGUUUAUUGACCGUCUCCAUGGAAACCUGUUUACUGACCGUCUCCAUGGAAACCUGUUAACUGACCGUCUCCAUUGUAACCCGUUAACUGACCAUCACUAUGAAUAACCAGUUUUUGACCGUCUCCAUGGAAACCUGUUGACUGACCGUCUCCAUGGAAACCUGUUUACUGACUGUCUCCCCCCCCCUUCCCCCCGAGCUAGAGCUGACCAGAGACACCUCUUCAUCAGGAGGGGGUGGGGAAAGUCAAACAAAGUGUUACGUGCAAUAGUAGCUGCUGCUUGCGUUGACAACUGGUGUUUCUUGUGCAGGACGCAUCGAGAUGAAAAUUUACAAUUGUAUUAAAAUACCUUUUUCUUGUCAUGACUUUUUUUGGUAUAUUUUUUUGAAACACUGUUAUGGAAUUAGCACAAACUUUAGUUAUUUUUACUUCAGCAAUCUCGAAGAUUUUCAUUGUGAUGGAUGCAUGUUAAGUUACCAACUAUUGCCAAAUAAAGUCCCUUCACCAAAGGGAUAGCCAGAGAGAACGUAACGGAAAUCUUCGAGAUUUCCAAUUUAACUUUAUGUUUUAAUUUAAACAAAAACGACUUUAAUCAGAAGAUUAUUAAUGUUCUGCAAAUUGGAAUCAAUAAUAAUGUAACGAAUUUUGUUUACAACAUUUAAGCAAAAGUGUACAAUGAAACACAUACAUACAUUUCCAUGUU